GUGGUUAAAGCGGGGGGCUGGAUGAGACGCGGUGCUGAGAAGAACUGGUGCAGACUGGUUAGCGCUGCCGCGCACAGGGUACUGAGACUACAGGAGGGAAACAGAGGGGGACUGUGGGACUCACAGUGCGGCGAAAUAUAAAUGAGCCUAUUGUCGUUUUUAUCAGAGCGAGCAGCUGUCGGUUUCCACUCGUUUCCCGAGCCUAUAAAACGAGGACGUCUGGGAAGGGAAGGGAAGGGAAGGACGGCGCGUGGACGGUGUUGAACGUUAGACCGCUGCGUGUUUCAUCAUCUCACUGAGAGGACGCUCAGAUUGUCCUCGCGGGCACGGAGGACGCUCAUGGUGCGUUUUCUUCGUUAGUCUGUUGCAGUCGUGUGGCCUUCAAGUCCGCCUGUCAGCCCAGUGCGGACCAUGGCGUGCUGCUCUCAGCUCGCCACGAACUGAAACGAGGAGUCCUGUGGUCACGCAGCGAGGCGCUGGGUGAUUAGCAGGCUGUCCAGAGCAGCUGGAUGCUUUUCUGUUACCUCUUCAUCGGGAGAGCCUUGCUUGGCUCUGGGAAAUAGUGGGAUAGUGGAUGGUAAUGUCGUAUGAUGCAGAAUGUUUACCCUCACAGAAGUUGCCUCUCUGAACGACAUCCAGCCGACCUAUCGAAUACUGAAACCAUGGUGGGAUGUGUUUAUGGAUUAUUUGGGCAUCGUCAUGCUCAUGGUAGCAAUAUUUGCUGGGACAAUGCAGCUAACCAAAGACCAGGUAGUUUGCUUGCCUGUUCUGGAUUCGUGGCAGGACUCCUCCACAACACAGAGGCCACCAGGAACAGCAUCUGGCAUCGGGACAAGAGGAAACCAAGUCACGUUAACAGCUGCACCUACAAGCAAAGACCAACCUGAAACAGUUGUCCCCUUCCCCCACUCAGCUGCUAUCGGACAGCCUCAACCAACAGGCGUGAAAACAAAUUUGGACUUUCAGCAGUAUGUCUUUGUCAACCAGAUGUGCUACCAUGUUGCUCUCCCCUGGUAUUCGAAGUACUUUCCAUAUCUUGCGCUUAUCCACACUAUUGUGCUCAUGGUCAGCAGCAACUUCUGGUUUAAGUAUCCAAAGACGAGUUCAAAAAUUGAGCAUUUUGUUUCUAUUUUAGGGAAAUGUUUCGAGUCCCCUUGGACCACUAAAGCACUGUCCGAGACAGCUUGCGAAGACUCUGAAGAGAAUAAGCAGAGACUGACUGGAGCUCCUUCAUUACCAAAGCAUUUCUCCACCAGUAGUGAAGAGGGAAGUCCAAAUCAAUCCACACCAAUGCUCGCAAAAUCCAGCGUUAAGUUCUCUACAGAGAAGCCUGUGAUUGAAGUCCCAAGCAUGACGAUACUAGAUAAGAAAGAUGGUGAGCAGGCAAAGGCCCUUUUUGAGAAGGUGAGGAAGUUCCGUGCACAUGUCGAGGACAGUGACCUGAUCUACAAACUCUAUGUUGCACAAACAGUAAUAAAGACAUUCAAGUUCAUUCUGAUUCUGUGUUACACCUCGACAUUUGUUGCCUCCAUUCAGUUUGACCAUGACUGUGAACCCAACAUAAAGCAUUUAACUGGCUACAUCAAAUUUAAGUGCACUCACAACAUGGCUUUCAUGUUGAAAAAGCUGCUUAUUAGCUAUAUUGCUCUCAUUUGUGUUUAUGGAUUGGUAUGCAUUCACACGCUUUUCUGGCUAUUCAGGCGGCCCCUUAAGGAGUACUCAUUUGAGAAAGUAAGAGAAGAGAGCAGCUUUAGUGACAUUCCAGAUGUAAAGAAUGACUUUGCUUUCCUCUUGCAUAUGGUAGAUCAGUAUGACCAGUUGUACUCGAAACGCUUUGGUGUCUUUCUCUCUGAAGUCAGCGAGAACAAGCUGCGGGAAAUUAGCUUGAAUCAUGAGUGGACGUUUGAGAAAUUGCGGCAGCAUGUGACACGCAAUUCGCAGGACAAGUUAGAGCUCCAUCUGUUUAUGCUCUCAGGUGUUCCUGAUGCAGUGUUUGAGCUCACUGACCUGGAGAUACUGAAGCUGGAACUAAUCCCUGAAGCACGGAUAACGGCGAAAAUCUCCCAGAUGAUCAACCUCCAGGAGCUGCAUUUUUAUCACUGCCCUGCUAAAGUGGAGCAGACCGCAUUCAGUUUCCUCCGCGACCACCUACGGUGCCUUCACGUUAAGUUUACGGACGUCGCAGAGAUCCCCACAUGGGUUUAUUUGUUAAAGAACCUGAGGGAGCUCUACUUGGUGGGAAACCUGAACUCAGAAAAUAACAAAAUGAUUGGUUUGGAAUCCCUCAGGGAUCUGAGGCAUCUGAAAGUUCUACAUCUGAAGAGCAACCUUACGAAGAUCCCGACAAACAUAACAGACUUGGCUCCUCAUCUGGUCAAACUUGUGGUACACAAUGAUGGUACUAAACUCUUGGUUUUGAAUAGUUUGAAAAAGAUGAUGAACCUUUCUGAUCUUGAGCUGCAUAAUUGUGAACUGGAAAGGAUACCGCAUGCCAUUUUUAGCUUGACCAAUCUACAGGAGUUGGACCUGAAAUCGAACAAUAUUCGCACCAUCGAGGAGGUCAUCAGCUUUCAACACCUCAAAAGGCUUACCUGCCUCAAACUGUGGCACAAUAAGAUAAUCACUAUUCCACAGUCGAUAAGCCAUGUAAAGAACCUGGAGUCUCUCUAUCUGUCACACAAUAAAUUAGAGUCCUUGCCUGCCCCUUUGUUUAAUCUGCUUAAGCUAAGAUAUUUGGACUUAAGUCACAACUCCAUUGUGGUGAUCCCACUAGAGAUUGGGUUCCUCCAGAACCUCCAGCAUUUUGCCAUCACAGGAAAUAAAGUGGAGGUGGUGCCCAAGCAGCUGUUCAAGUGCACAAAGCUGCGUACCCUUUGCCUCGGGCACAACUGUAUCUCUUCCCUGCCGGAGAAAAUCGGCCAGUUGGUGCAGAUGACACAUCUGGAAUUGAAAGGAAACUGUCUGGACCGCCUCCCAACCCAGCUUGGCCAGUGCCGACUCCUGCGUCGAAAUUGUCUUGUCGUAGAAGACCACCUGUUUGACUCUCUGCCCUCUGAGGUCAAAGAGAGCAUAAAUCAGGAAACCAAUGUUACCUUUGCUAAUGGAAUCUAAGAAUGGAUUAGAGAGCGAUUUAACUAGACCUACACUUUGCUCUAGUCCUCUUUUACCCAAUAUCUUGUAAUUGAUACGGACUGGGACUAAACAAGAGGGCACAAUGCUUUCCAUGCAGAUGGUAGAGGUUUGGCUGAGUACCAAAUGGAUUCCUUUACAAUUAACAAGCAUAUUUACUGUGAGUCAAUUCUGCGGUUUCUGAAAACAGCUGAACACGAAGGCCAGUAGGAAGUAUUUGAUUGACUGAUUUAUGCUUAUUGAUUUGACAGGAAAUUGAAGAAGACAAAGUGUGAAAGAUGGCAGGGAAUUUCUCACAAGUUUGGAAGCACAGUUUGCAAUAUUUUCGUAUACCGUUGUUUUUGCUCUUUAUUUUGGGUUUCUAUGUUCCUUGUUUCAUUAUAUUUCAGUAUAGAGGUACAUCCUGAUAGAAUGCUAACAUUUUUGUGUUUCCUUGUAUCUUAGCAACAUGCUGUGCACACUUGCUAAUCUUUCUGUAGUCUGUCAUUUUUUUGUAUUCACGUUUUGUAUUUUAGCUAGCUGGUGUCCACACAGUACAACAGGCGCGGUUACCAAUUGUAUUGAUUCAUGGAUCUCAAGUCACAAACCAGGGAAGCAAAAUUUGUUAUACGAUUCAACAAUUAUUUGUGUAUAACACAAGUAACACACAACUUAUAAGGUCUUUCGGAACUCCAUUUUAUUGUCCUAAUAAAUAUCCUUCUACUGCCAUAUUAGCCAGUAUGAAUUCUAAAAAUCUACUAAAAAGGUAUUCAUUGUAUACUGUACUGGUUGGAAAUCAAAAAACCUAUGCUUUAUAAACUCCUUCCUUAAAAAACAGUUUCAUUCUUCAGUCAACAGGCAUUUUAUAAACACUACGUUUAGAGAAUAUCACAUGCAUGCGGGUCUAUGCAGUCAGUUUUUGGAGAUGAUCCUGCAAGAUUCAGGUUGUUGUCAAGGUUUCUGAUACUGAAAUUAAUAGAAACACCCCCCCCACACACACACUUUAAUAUCUACUGGAAAAGUUUGAGGCUUACUACUUCCAGAUUGCAACUACUGUUAACAAAUCUACAUUUUCAGUUGCUGUUAAUUAUUGUUAAACUCUGCUCUUUCGCUAUGCCGCUUUGUAAACUGUAUUGUUCUGUUUACGUCAUAUCAGCUAGUUGUUAUUCCUCAAGAGGAAAUCCUGCUCCAAGCUAGUAACACAUUAUUUCAUUUACAACAUAUUAGAUUUUCACAAGUGUGGGAUUCUUACUAGAAAAACAAACACUUUUUUUUAAAGGGGCUGUCAACCUAUUUCCUUAAUCUCUUUAUGAUCCUGCAUGAAUUUCCUAUUAACUGUCAAAUAAAGAACAUUGUUGGUCACUUCAAUGUAGAUUCUUGCGUUUUUGUGUUUCAGCAGUUGGAUUUCAGUUGGGCGGGACCGUUUUAGAAGUAGGUGAUACCAAUCAGAGUUGGUACUGAUUUUUUUUUCUUGGCUAUUUGGCAAAAACCACAAAUCUCUGUAGUUGGGCCUGCCUGAAUUUGGGUAGGUUCUUUCUAGUUUUGUGCCUGAAGCAGAAAAAAAACUAACCACAGUAAUAUCACUGUAAUGCAUGGCCUCUUGUGGUUUAUUGCAAUGUGUGGGGUUGUUUGGAUCUCCAUGGCCACACUGCUGUCAGUCAUUAUGGAGUUUAGGCUUUUUUUUGUUUGUUUGUUUUUCAAAUCUAAUUUUAGGUGAUGAUAAUCAAGUUAUGUCUAUAAUAUCACUGAUAUUUUUAAUACGUUUGAGUUGUCAGCCCCUUUAAAUAAUGCAAUGAGUAAUCAAUGAGUUUCCUUAUUUAAUAUCAGAAGCCUGAAUGUAAAAAAGCCUCAAUGCAUAUAUAAACAGUACUCCAGAUUACAACAGUAUCCAUUUUCAGCAAGGUGGACCUUCAAAGAGGAACCCAAAAGCAGAAUCAAUGCAGCACCAAAGCCCUAUCUUUUUAUAUUCUUAUCAUUACUAGAACAUGUCUCCUGUAGAUGUUCCAAGACUAGUCCUGGGCAGUACAGACUAAACUCAAUAUUAUAUUUUCUGAAUAUAUCGUAUCAGAUUAAAUUUAAUGAAGUUAAGGAACUCAUUCUGCUUCUCUAAGCUAACAGAAUGUCUUACAAACCUGAAAUAGCUUGUUUUGAUUGGAGUGUUGUCUCCUGCUUGUUUAAAAUUACACAGUACUCUGUAAUUUAAUCCUAUAAAAACUUAUUUAUUGAUUUAUUCACCUGGAUACCACGAGUAAAGUGCACAAAAAGAGUGAAAAGAAUUAAAACUGUCUAAUGAACGCAGCUAUGUUAUUGCCAUUAUAUCAUGACUAUAAUGCUCUUUUCCAUUAUUGAGCUAUAUUUCUGAAAACUUGGUAAAACUGAAAAGCAAUAUCAUGGUACACACAAUAUUCACCUGGCACUGAAUUUACCACUCAAAUAAAUCAUAUAAGAGGCUCCAAAUUGAUGGUCAGUUAUUGAAGUAUCACUUUGCAUCGCCAAAUUCCUCUAAACUGCAUGCGCCUAAUGAUGCAGCUCCUCUCCAUGCGUUUGUUUUCACAUGCCAUCACAGUGGGCUUCAGGAGAACCGCGAUCGCUUCGAUUUUUCCUCUUGGAACUAAAACACAAUCACGAAAUGAAAUCAAUUGAGAUCAGAGAA